UGCACUUGCAUCUUUACCGGCUCGAGUUUCGGUUUCCCUUCGAGUUGUUGUGGCUUUAGUUUGCCGUCGGUGGUCUGUAUCUAUUUUUUCAUUGUUCUUUCAAGCGAAACCGCAGCAUAUUCAUUUUCCGGCGGCUCCGCACCUUCAAUGUCCUCUCCGUAUUCAUCAUCCCAGCUGCAAGAGCAGCAGCAAACGCCGCUACUGGUGCAGGCGGGUCAUAAUGCAGUAGAAGGCGCAAGUUCAUCACGUGGGAGCAUAAGUUUAGCGACCAAGAGCGAACAGCAUCCACGAGCUGAGUCGAUGACUGAAGAAGACGCGACCACCAUCUUGGCCGCACCGCAGAGCCACACCUCGCCUGAAGUCCCUCCGGGGGUCGGGGUCAGCACGACAAAAAGGAACAAAAUCAGCUUCACCGCGGUGGUGAUUUGUAUCCUGAAAGCAAACGUUGGUCCGGGGGUGUUAUACUUGCCGAAAGCGUGUGCCCGCUGCGCCGCAGGUCUGGCGAGUUUUGGGUCUGGCUUGAACUUCAAGACUGGAGUUGGUACUGAAAAGAACGAGGAGCGGAGUUUCGGGGAUGGUAUCGGCGUGGGGCGAGGAACAAACCCUGGUGACGAUGGAAGCAAUUAUGUUUCUCAAGGCGACGGAACGUCAACGACUAGGCUUCCGCCCUUCGUCUUUACCGGCGAGCUCUUGUUUGUCGUUAUGGUGUUCGCGUUCGGGCUACUCGCAACCUUUUGCAUUCUGAUGCUGUUGAAGGCGAGGAGAAAGGUGCACGAAGAGAUGCCUGGUCGUGGAAGCGAGAACGCUACUGGCGACAGCGCCAAAGCACAUCCAGCAACCUCAACACAUUCCAGGCCACCCAACUACGAUGAAAUGUGGAACUUCCUGAUGAUAGACCACAGAGAUAUCGACGGGGGCCAUGCGGAAACGAGUGAGCCGGCUCGUAGUUCUGCGUCCAGUCGUCCAAUUGCAGCAAAUCCAACUACCCGCGACGAGCAGCGCUACUAUGGUCUACUACAGAAGGUCCUCAAACCACUGGUAAUCGUUUCGAUCUGCCUUUGUCAAUUUGGCCUGUGCGUCACUUACUACAUUGUGACCACGAAUUUGCUGCGGUCCGCGCUGACAGGUCUUGGUGUUAUCAGAGACGGGAACACGACGAACAACGACACCGCGGACCAGAGUGCAGCUGACGGAAGUGAUAUCCUUUCGUUUUUCGCUUUCAUUUUUGUCAUCACCACACCGUUGACGUUUAUCCGUUCCGUGGCGAAAUUGGCGCCGUGUGUCGUUCUCGCAGACGUAAGCAUCGGGAUCGGAAUUUUUGCGUUGGUCGCAUUGCUAGUGAGACGGAAGGUCGCGGCGCCGCCGCAAGAACACGACGAGCUGUCUCGACAGGAUGUGAUGCUUCUCCAGCAACUCAAGAGCCAAGAGGUCGUAGUACCAAUUCUACAUCAGAGCGAGGUCCUACCACAUGAUCCUUGUCAGCUGUUUCCCGCCACGACCAGCAACAGUGCCACGCCAGAAUCCCCCUUUCACUCAGAACAAAAGAAUUCCUUCGCCGACGUUUUCAUCGCGCUGGGCACCAUCUGUUUCGCGUUCGAGGGGAUCUGCUGUGUCAUCCCCACCUACGACGCGAUGAAGGACCCGGAGAGGGAUUUCCCGCUUGCGGUGAAGACCGCGGUGCUGAUAACCUCGUUGAUCUUUGCCCUGGUUGGCACGCUGGGAUACUCAGUUUUUGGCGACGGGGUGGAGGACAUUGUGCUGCUGAAUUUCAACGAGAUGAUGCGUGACAGUGGACGUGUUGCAACCUCUGGCAGAAUCACAAAAACCAGUGGUGAAAACAUCAGGUCUCAACAUAGCCACGGCGCUAGCAGUGAUGGUGGCCUUACCGCGUCUUCAGCCGGACCACUGCAUGACACAUACACCCACCACCACGUCGAGCAAACGGUGGUGGCUGUGAUCCAGAUUGCGUACUCCAUCGGGAUUUUGCUCACUUACCCGUUUCAAAUGCUCCCGGCAGUGCAGUUGCUGGAGGAGAAGAUUGCAUUUUUUUGGAUUGGACGGAAAAUUCAACCCGCACAGGAGCAUCUCGACGGCUAUAUCGAGGUGGUUGCGGAAGGCGGCAGCGGGGAGGAGACCAGGGAAGGAAGCGGAGCGAACGAAACUGCUGGAAUACCAGCAGCGGGACAGGAAAAUAAACACAUCUCUCGAACUGUUUCUAGUACGGAGAGUGCAAGAAGAACAGACCUCACCACGCCCCCGCCUGCAAAUCGAAGAACUCUAGCGGCGCCGUCUUUUGGCACCAGCACCGCUUCAGUGACUGUUGAAAGGCGAUCCGCAUCGUCAUUCCUCUCGCGCGCUAGCACCCCUGGGGAAUACCUCGUGGUGCCGUUGAUCGGCGGUGGAGGUCAGGAGGAGGAGAUGGAAGGUGAAAUCUACGACCAGUCCUCAAGCAACGCUUCCGGGUCUGCUGCGUCCUCCUCCGCGGACAUACAGAAUUUUGCUGGAGCAGCUGCAACUGGAGUAGAAGAUCUUGAAGAGAAUCCACUACGACCUCCCGCAGAGGAGACAAACACGACUUUGGAACGAGCGACCAGCCGACUAACGUCCAGAAGUUCUGGCCGCGCAGCACGCAGUAGUUCGGCUAGUCGGAGAAAAACUUUGGUGGAGAAGUUACCAAAGGCGCUUUUCCGGACGAUACUAUGCAUUUUCUUCGCUUUUACUGCUUUCAUCUUCUUCCAGCGCUUUGAAAUUUUGGUUUCCUUGAUUGGUUCGUUUUGCGGGGUACCUUUGGCCUUUGUGUACCCAGUUUUGCUGCACUGGAAAAGCGAAAAGGGGAUGAGAAGUAGCAUGACAGUUUCGGAGGGAGCGAUUUUGGCAGUGGGGAUUUUCAAUUUUGCGGUGGUGUCCUGGAUCAAUUUGGAAAAGAUGAUCGACUCGUUUUUGCGUUGAGAAUACAGUUGUAGAAAACGCUCCCUCGCACAGUAGCGCAU